AGGUUGCACGGCCGUCGGGGCCGUCAGAGCUGGCGCCAACCCGGGCCUGGUUCCGAUUUCCCUUCGGUUGACUGGGACUGCCACCCCCCUCCGCCUCCACCUUCCAAUCUUCCCAUCUCUCAAAGUGGAGUCCGCUCAGACCUUCCCGCCCCCUCUGUUCUGACCGUGGCUGCGGGGUCCCAGCCAACCCUGGCUCCCAACCCCUACCUCUCUGUCGCCUCCAGGGUCGGGGGUCAGGGGUCAGGGCGGGAAACCCCCUCGGGAAAGCCCCGGGGAGCAGCUGGAGGACGGGGCGGCGGGAAGGAGGGUGGGCACCACUAUUUAAGGCACGUCCCCGGCGGGGGAAGGACAGAGCCGGGAGCGAGCAUGGAGCAGGGUCUCGGCCUCCUGUUUCCCGUCUUCCUGGGGCUCCUCCAGCGAGGUCAGGGUGAGCAAGGUGGGUCCUUGGAGGUGGAGCCCCCAGACCCCGUGGUGGCAGUGUCCUUGGGUGGGUCGCAGCAGCUCACCUGCCGGCUGGCCUGCGCCGGCCACAGGACCCCCUCGGUGCAGUGGCGGGGCCUGGACACCAGCCUGGGCGCCGUGCGGUCGGACGCAGGCAGCAGCGUCCUCUCCGUGCGCAACGCCUCCCUGUCCGCGGCGGGCACCCGCGUGUGCGUGGGCUCCUGCGGGACCCACACCUUCCAGCGGACCGUGCAGCUCCUGGUGUUUGUAGCCCUGGUGGCCCAGCAGGACCAAGAGGUGGCCUGCACUGCCCAUAACGUCACACCUGCCAGCCCCGAGGCCCUCUCCUUGUCCCUGCUCCUGGGGGACCAGGAGCUGGAGGGGGUGCAGGCCCUGGGCUGGGAUGUGGAGGAGGAGCCCCAGCAGGGUGAGGACCUGCUGUUUCGAGUAACAGAGCGCUGGCUGCUGCCCCCGCUGGAGACCCACACCCCGCUCACCCUCCAUUGCCGGGCAACCAUGAAACUUCCCGGCCUGAAGCUGAGCCGCCACCGGGCCAUUCCAGUCCUGCACAGCCUGACCUCCCCGGAGCCCCCUGUCACGACCUCUCCCGAGGCCACCCCAGAGCUGAGCUCCACCCGCAGCUCCAGGAGUCCUGGACCCCCACCCAUGAACAGCUCCACCAGGCCCUGCCAACCUGAGAUCCACCAGUCACCAACAGCAGGGGGUCUGGACCUAUGGUGUGAGGCAGCCUGUGGCCCCGGUGUGGCAGUGGGCUGGACCCAGGCCCCCGGGGGUCUGGAAGCCUACCAGAGGUGGGAGGCUGGGGCCAAGGCUUGGCUGAGCGUGCCUUGGGUCGCCUGCAGUCCUGAAGGCUGGUUUCAGUGUCGCCUGGAGCCAGGGGGACAGAUGGCCAGCCUGUACCUGGUCCCGGAAAUCUGCUCCCAGACAACGCCCCCAGCCCUCUGGACGGGCGCCUUGGUGCUGGGGCUGCUCUUCUUGGCAUUCCUCACCUACCGCCUAUGGAAACGCUGCAGGCCCGCCCAGUGAUGACCAAGCCCACCAGCUCCUCUGGGCCCCCAGCCCCACCUGGACUGGAUUGAGGGGGACUGGCACGGCCCCUCCUGAAAUGGCCUGCUUCUCCUUCCACACAGUUGCAACCGGAGGACAAUCGCAGGGUUCUGGACUUACAUGGUUGAGAGCUGACCAUAAGCCCCUUACCCUGAUGGCCAGCGUCUGAGUUUCCCCUCAAUGGGACCCCUGAGGACCCACCCCCCCAAUGGCCCACAGCUGGAGAAUAAAGAGCAUCUGGUCUGACCUCAGCGGUUUCUGUGGUGUUACAAGGAUGCUGGAACCUUCUACACAGCUCCACCUACCCUCUGCACUGG